CCACGCGCGUGACGUGUGCAAGCCUCGUUGCAUGGAGCGUGGUGCCACUUCAGGGCCGAUGGAUGAUUGGGAUGAUACCAUGUUCCUUAUGGUUUUCGUCCUUUUGCAGUGCAUGAACAGAAGGAAUGCGGUGGCGAUGGCUGUCCUGCAGGCAGCAGCUGCGAUGCCGAGUUGUCUGUCGGGGUUGUCUUCCACCUUGCUGCAUCUCACGGGUGCGGCGAUGCACAGCAGGUCACUGGCGGACGUGCUGGGCAGCGUUUUCAUUCGUCGUGUGGAUGGCCAAAGACGCAUGUGGGUGUUGGAACGCAGUGGGGGUGUGUGGAAGGACCUCCAGAGAGAGGGAGGCAGGCACGAGAAGGUCUUCCAGCGGUUCUGCAGACUUCCCCGGCCGCUGUUAAAUGAGAUUCUGGCUCGCAUAGCGCCACAUAUCCAGCAUCAGACGACGAACUGGAGAGAGCCAGUACCGGCGGCGCAGAAAUUUGCAUGCGCUCUCAUCAGGUGGGCGACGGGAGGUUACUACAGGCAGUCGGCGCAUGGUUUGGGGCUUGGUCUGGCGAGCGCGUUGUGGAGCAACAUCGAUGUCGCCGAUGUGCUGAUCAGGGAGUAUGGGCAUCUGCUCCAAUUCCCAACUGGGCAGAAGCUGCAAGAUUCGCUGGACGCUUUCGAACGCAAAGGUUUCCCGGGCUGCGUGGGAGCCAUAGACUGCACCCAUGUGUACAUCGAGAAGCCUGCAGGUCAGAGGGGGGAGUGUUUCUAUGAUCGCACUGACCAAUUCUCUGUCGUGGCGCAGGUGGUCUGCGACCACGAGUGCCGAAUUCAGAGCGUUUUCGUGGGUUGCCCGGGGUCUGUUCAUGAUAGUCGGGUGCUGCGAGUGUCUCCUUUGCAUCGCGAGGCGCAAUGCGGUGGUGGGGUGUUCGGCACGGGCGGGGAGGUGCUGCGUGGUGGUCGUACGAUUGGCAGGUACUUGCUCGAUGACGUUGGGUACCCACAACUGUCAUGGAUUAUGACUCCGGUUGGGGGCAACAACAGGAAUGCGGCUGAACAGGUGCACAAUGAUUGUCACACUUCCGCACGGUCGUGCAUCGAACGCACUUUCGGAAGAUUGAAGGUCGUGUGGAGGAACUUCAUCGGGACACAGAUUGCGAAUAUGAAAACCAUUCGUAAAGAGUUCAUGGCCAUUUGCAUACUUCACAACCUCAUGGUGGAACACAAGGUGCAGGUGGAUCUUGAACUGCUAUUCGACGACAGUGAUAGUGACAGUUGUGAUGUGCAAAGCCGACGUCGGCGACGGCGUCCGCGUCCGCAAACGCGGCACGCACCUUGUCCGCCCCCUUCGGAGGAAGACGCAGCAUGUGCUAUUGAGUUGGGGAACGAAUUGAGGGACUGUCUCAUCAUGCAUGUCUGGCAUCACAACCAUGUUCACGGGGCUCCUCCACCGAACCCUUGGCAGCGUUGAUGCGGAGGUGGGGGGGGGGGGAAGCCAUCAAACCCCCAAAUCCACCCUCUCACCAUCCAACACCCCACACAACCGUCAUGCUAGUGGCAGAUUCAUUCAACAUGAAUGUCAUGAACCAAAGGAACAAAAGAGGAAUCUGAAUCACGAAGAACGAAGGUCAAAACAGAAAAGCACACGGGAUUGGGAACCUCACACGACAGCAUCGAACGGCAAUGCGUUGUCCACGCUAAUAUCGAAGCCCGUCACCGAAUGAAACAAGUUCCGACGA